AUGUCAUUAAAACGUAUUAACAAAGAGUUAUCGGACUUAGGAAGAGAUCCACCAUCAUCAUGCUCAGCAGGCCCAGUAGGUGAUGACUUAUACCACUGGCAAGCAUCUAUAAUGGGUCCACCAGACUCACCAUACGCAGGAGGUGUAUUCUUCUUGAGCAUCCAUUUCCCAACCGAUUACCCAUUCAAACCACCAAAGAUUGCAUUCACCACCAAGAUAUAUCACCCGAACAUCAACUCAAAUGGUAACAUCUGUUUAGAUAUCUUGAAAGAUCAAUGGUCACCAGCUUUAACCAUUUCAAAAGUUUUAUUAUCCAUCUGUUCCUUAUUGACUGACGCUAAUCCUGAUGAUCCUUUGGUUCCAGAAAUUGCUCACAUUUAUAAACAAGAUAGAAAAAAAUACGAAGCUACAGCCAAAGAGUGGACUAAGAAAUCAUCGCCUAUGAUGGAGAAACUAACUUCAUUUCAACAUAAUGAUCCCCAGAGUUUAUUCGAACUUGCCAAAAAGUUGAAACAGCGCCAAUUUUUUGAAACUUUCCUCAAUGAAACUCAGUUCAAGAUUAUUGAUUAUAUUUUGCUGUUGGACGACGUUCAAGUGUGGGCCCAGUUUCUAGAGGGAAACUUGUGCUUGCAAAAGAUGGAUGACAAACGAGAUCAGAAAAGAACAUCAGUCAGCAGUGAAAAAAUUGAAAAACCAGUACUAGAUACCAUAGACGAUAACGAGGUAACAGAGGUUGAUGCAGAGAAGAAAGAGGAUCCGGAACAGACGCAAGAGGAAGCAGCAGAGAAUAAUGAGAUAGUCGACAAGGAAAAGCAAAUUGACGAGGUUGAGCAAAACUUGGAACUGUCAUUCGAAGAAGGAGUUGUCUUUAGCAAAAAGCUUGCGCUACAUGUAAGAUAUCUACUUUGGGAAAAAGCGAUUGAUUUUUACUAUGAAUCAAAAACCUUGGACAAUAACCUAAGUUUAAUUGAAGAAGUGACUGAUGAUUACGAACUAAUUGACUCAUUGAGUAAGUCUGGUAAGCAAGAGUACGAAGCAGAGGUAAAAGGGGCAAUUGAAAAGCCUCAAGUGCGUGAAGAAGAAGAAGACUACGAUUUUGAUGAAGAAGAUGAAGAAGAUAAACAAGAUGAGUCCAAACCGGUAGAAGAGAAUAAGAACGAGGCAACACAUCUUCUCUUCGACGAGUCGAAUCAAUUAUUAUUGGAAAUCCCUGUCUCAAUAUUUGCGACAAAACGUUCGAAUGAAGGCACCGGAAAUAACGAGGCUCCUGAAAACCAUACUACUGAGACAAACGUGGAAAGUAAUAAUGAAAAUCUGGACAAAAUUAUCCAAGAAUUCAACAAAGUUUACCACAACUUUGAAUACGAUCGAGAAACGUUGAUCAAGAGGCGAAAAUUGGAACAGUCCGAUCUCCAGUUAGAGAAAACGAAACCUGAAAAGAACGACUCUGCAAAAAGUAGUAGCAAACUACAGGGGUCUCAGAUGGAUAUUGUCUUGGGAACAGGCUCAACGUCGCUACAGCAUUUGUUAUCAACCAUUGAAGCCAAGAGGGACAAAAUCCCAUUGAACGAUCAUGAACUUCGAGCCUUGUUUAUGGAUGUCCGUAAAAAUAGAGGGAAAUGGGCAAAUGAUGAUCGCAUUGGCCAAGAAGAAUUAUAUGAAAGCUGUGAGAAAGUCAUUACUGAGUUGCGUAAUUACACCGAGCAUUCAACAUUUUUCCUUAACAAGGUUUCCAAAAGAGAAGCACCAAAUUAUGGCCUCAUCAUCAAAAAACCGAUGGACUUGAAUACGGUUAUGAAAAAGUUGAAGAAUUUGGCCUACAACUCAAAACAGGAAUUUGUUGAUGAUUUAAUGCUUAUUUGGAGUAAUUGCUUAACAUAUAAUGCCGAUCCGAAACAUUUUAUCAGGGCUCAUGCAAUUGCUAUGCAGAAAAAGGCACUAAAGCUAAUACCAACCAUACCGGAUAUAACUAUCAAGAAUAAAGCUGAUGUCGAAAAAGAAGAAGAAGUAGAAAUGAAGAAAAGACUAAAGGAAGGAGGUAAAGAGGAAGAUGACGAGGAGGACGAAGAGGACAAAGGGGCAAGAGGUGGAAAAAAAUCGGCCAAACAAGGAAGGAAAAGAACUCGCCAGGAUGAUUUGAAAAAUGAUGCAACAGAUACAGCAAGCCCCGCUCCAACGGAGACUGCAACACCUUUGGGAACUGGCACUCCAGUUCCACAGGCCAACCACGAAAUGAAUACAGAAGAGCAGGCAAAAUCAAAUGGAGCAGGCGUAAAUGACGAAGAGGAGGAUGAUGAUGAAGAAAUAGCUGGAGCUGGAGGAGAUGAUGAAGAAGGAUCUGGAAUAAACAACGGCAAUCUCGAGAACGACGAGGAGGAGUUUGAUCCCGAAUUGCAAGCUUGGAGGACUCUUACUGCCAAAUCGCGUGCUAAUUAUUGUGCACAAAGAGCUGAUUUAUUCGAUCUGGAUUCUCAUCUUCGGUCAGAUGCACCGGCAUUGAUUCGAAAACCAAACGAAAUGCUGAAUUUCGAUCAUUACUUGUCGAACCAAGAGGUGAUAUCAAAGACAAACAACAAUUUAUUGGAAAAUGAUGAGCCUUAUUUAGUUGAGUAUGAUGUAACUGGAGGUAUUCCAGGAUUCCAAUUCGAAGGAGUAAGUGAAAAAGUUGAAGACAUAGCCGAGAACAAAUUGGUCGAUGUAUUUUUGCAGCAAACUGGAGGUGAUGCUUCGAAAAUGAAAUCAAAGUUUGUUUUAUCAGACGAGUCAGGAUUGAACAAGUUGUACUUUGAAAACAUUUCGGAGAUCCAGGAGAUUCGCAAGAUUUGCUUCAAGAUUUCGUUGAUACGACAGAUGCAAACACAGCAGUUUGUCCAUCACACUCAGAUGCAGCAACCUGAAAUCGAAGCUAUAAAGGAAGUCGAUUGUGAUGCGGCUUCGAAGUUACCCAAUCAUGAUCCAAACACUCACGAUGUACAGUAUGCAGUGUUGAGGAGGAAUAUAGCCAAAAUUGCUAUGCAAACGGGGUUUGAGACUACUGAGGGGGCUGCCAUUAGUACUUUGACUCAAAUUGCUGAAAUGUACAUUGGUAAUAUUGCCAAAUCGUUGAAGAUGCACAGUGAGACCAAUUCACGCAAUCGAUUAACACCGACAGAGAUACUUUUGUUGUCAUUGUUGGAGAAUGGUGUGGACAAACCAGAUGAUCUAUACACUUUUAUUCAAGAAAAAAUAAUAAAACAACGCAAGAAAUUGACCGAGUUACGACAAGGUCUUUCCAAUUUUUUGAAAGAUUUGUUGCGUCCUGGAUUAGAGAAUUUCAAUGAAAAAAGCUUUGCUGACAAUAGUGAACAGUUUAUCACGGGAGACUUUUCCAACGAUUUAGGUGAUGACUUUUUUGGGUUUAAGGAACUAGGUUUGGAUAGGGAGUACAAUAUGUUGACUUCAUCAAUACCGAUUUAUUUGUUGCACUCGCGGUUACAUAACCAAUUUAGUGGCAGUGGCGCUUCAACGAAACGCAACAAGUAUGAAGAUUUGCAAGAAUAUGAGCCUGCUAAACUAUACGCCGUUGACGUUAAUGAGCAGAUUCGAUUGCUUGUGCCAUUUUACCAGAAGUUGACCGAACGUUCAAAGCAACAAUAUGUCAAAGCACAAAAGAAGAAAGGUGAGAGUCUUGAUUUGCCUGAUGAUUCGCAGUUUAUGUUGAUAGAGGAUGAUGAGUUGCCUCAGAAGCAAAGAAAUAUUAGGCCAAAAUUGCCUCCUACGGGUAAGAUCACCACGAUUAAAAAGAAGAUCAUCGCCAAUUCAUUCUUUUUGCCUGAAGAUGAUGAAAUACAGGACGAUACAGUAGAGAAGGAGGCUGAGGCAAUUAUCCCAGCGGAGUCGCCAAGAGCAUCAGAAGCAAGCAAGAAUGGAGCACCAACAAUCAAGAAAGAGAAAGAAAAAGAGAAAAGCGUACAAGAAACCAUGGACACCACGAAACCUACUGAAGCUGUUGUUAAGCAGGAAAAAGAGGAAGCUUCUAUUGCUAACGACAACUCUAAAGAAAGAGAGAGUGAAAAGUCCGAUGAAGUGUUGGACAAACUCGAUAACGCAAUCUCCGACAAGGCAACCACCGAAAAGAGUCCUGAGGUUCCAAACGAGGCAUUAGAUACUGCUGAUUUGGAAACCCCGCAGUUGAAGGAUACUUCAGCAGAGACCCUGGCUAAGUAA